UUGAAUAUUCAUACACAGAAAGAAAAGCUAGCAUAUAUCUUUUUGUUUCUAUAUACAUAUAUAUCCAUCAAAACUCAUAGGAUAAAUACAAGAAAAAAAUAGAGGGAAAAAAAUGUCUGAGAAUGCAACUCAUCAUGUAGUGAUGCUUCCAUGGUCUGCAUUUGGCCACUUGAUUCCAUUUUUCCAACUCUAUAUAGCCAUAGCCAAAUCAGGAAUUCAUGUCUCCUUCAUUUCAAUGCCAAAGAACAUUCAAACGCUUCCAAAACCACCUUCAGAUUUAUCUCCUUUGCUACAUUAGGUUGAAAUUCCAUUUCCAUAAUCAAUAGAGCCAUCACAUCUCUCUGGUGGUGAAGCUACUGUGGACAUUCCAUUUGAUAAAAUUCAGUACCUGAAGUUGGCAUGGGAUCACAUGGAAAAUCCAGUUAAGGAAUCUGUGUCUAAGUUGCAACCAGAUUGGAUCAUUUUUUACUUUCAUCCACACUGGAUUGUAGAGAUUGCACAAGAGCUUCAUGUGAAACUCAUGUACUACUCUGUUUACUCUGCUUCCACUAUUGUGUUCUUUGGACCACCCGGUCCAUUGAGAGCUCCAACGUCGCCAGAAGUCCUAACAUCACUAGGAGAAUGGGUGAAUUUUCCGUCUUCGGUGGCUUUUCAGCGAAAUGAGGCCAUUGCGUUCUAUCAAGAUGCUUACAUAGAAAACGUGACCGAGUUAAGAGGCGUUGAUAGGCUUGCCAGUGUAAUUGAUGCUGCGAAUGCUCUAUCAUUUCGCAGCUGCUAUGAGAUGGAAGGUGAGUAUUUGAAUCUAUAGGUUUGCUUCCUAUAGAUUUGCUAUAAGAGAAGACUUGUUGAUGAGUCUUGGAGCAAGACAUUUGAGUGGCUUGACGGAUAAGCAACAAAAUUGGUAGUCUUUGUUGGGUUUGGUAGUGAGUGUAAGUUGAGCAAAGAGCAAGUCGUUGAGAUAGCUUAUGGAUUAGAGCUUUCUGAACUUCCAUUUUUAUGGACAUUGAGAAAACCAAGCUGGGCAAUUCAUGAUCAUGAUUCUCUACCUCUUGGAUUUUGUGAAAGAACAUCAAAGAGAGGAAAAGUUUGUUUUGGAUGGGCACCACAAAAGGAAAUUUUGUCACAUAAAUCUAUUGGGGGGUCUUUGUUUCAUUCUGGCUGGGGAUCUAUAAUUGAGACUUUGAUGUUUGGCCACACUCUUGUAGUGUUGCCAUUCGUUGUCGAUCAACCUCUUAAUGC